AUGGAAGAAGGGAAAGGUGGCAACAGUAAAGAGGAUUUUCUUGAAAAGGAAAUGAAUAUUGAUACGAAUAAUAAUAUGAAGGAUAAUAUAAAUGAUAAUACACAUGAGAAUGAAAAAAAUAAUGCUAGUGAUGAAAACCAAUUGAAUAAUAAUGAUGAUGAUGAUGAUAUGAAUGAACUACUUGACAAUUUUUUACAAGACAUUGAAAACAUAACAUCCAAUAAAGAAAAGAAAGUUGAAGAUAAAAAAUUAAAUAAAGAAGAUGCAGGUAAAGAAAUAAAUCGUAUUUUAGAACAUAAGCAUAGUUCUCCAUUUGAAAUAUUUGGAAUUUAUGAAAAUAUUAAUAUGGAUCUUAUAAAAAGUCGAUAUAGAAAAUUAUCGAUAUUAAUUCAUCCUGAUAAAUGUAAAAUUGAUAAAGCUGCUGAUGCCUUUCAUAUAUUAACUAGAGCUUAUGAAGAAUUACAAAAAGAUGACAUUAAAGAACAGUAUAAAUCUGUUUAUGAAACAGCUAAAAAGAAUAUAAUAAAAAAACAUCAACUAAAAAAAAAAAAAAUUAAUGAAAUAAAUGAAUAUUUAAAUAAAAACGAAGAAGAAUAUGAAAUAACGAAAGAAAUACAACAACUUAUUAAUGAAGAAUGUGAAAAUUUAUUAAAAGUACAAAGAGAGAAAAUGGAAUAUGCUCAAAAAUGUAAACUAGCCAAUAUGAAAUAUGUUCAAGAAAAAGAAGAAGAAAGACUUAAAGAGGAAAUGGAAAAAGAAAAAGAAAAAAAAUUAUGGGAACAAGGAAGAGAUGAAAGAGUUAAUAAUUGGAAAAAUUAUAAAAAAGAAAAUCUAAAGGAUGAAAAAGAAUUUCAUUUAUAUAAAAAUAUUAAUAAAAAAAAACAAGAACGAACAGAAGAACAAAAACAAAAAUUGAAAAAUGUUCCAUUAAUGUAUGAUCAAAAUAAUGUAAACAAAAAGAGGAAGAUAAAUUAA